AUGACCUUGUUCCCCACCAAGUUUGAAAAUGGGAAGAUUGAGUACAAGAUAAGGUACAAGGGGAGAUCAAGGCCAUUCUCUAGAGCCAAGGCCAUAGUGACUUCAGAACAGUCCAGGGACCCAACCAAGCUAAAGGAGCUUCUGUCUCAAGUCCUCACUAUCACCCUUGAUGUUAAGUUUAGGUGUCUAAGGAGCCAGCUCGACCCACGACUCGAUCGAGCUAGAAACCAGGGCAACUCGAUCGAGCUACUCAACUCGACCAAGGUAAGUUUUUGA